AUGGCGGGAAAGAAGCGGAUCGCGCAGGACACUUUCAAUGCUGUGGUCAAAGAGAACAUGGAUGACUUCGGCAUGUCCCGAGAGGAGGCCGUGGAAGAUGCGAUAAAACAGUUCGAAAUGCAGGGUGUCGAUCUCAGUAACAUAGCUACAACUCUGUCAUGCGUCGACCAGGACGAGGUCCCGCUGGUCGUGCUGACCCGUGAAUACACCGACAAAGUCAACAACACAGAGCAGCAGGGAGCACAUGAAGUCUUGACCAAGGUGUUGAAGUUGCUGCGGUCCUCCUCGGACGCCAACGAGAGCAAGACCAUUGCAGGGAACGCCGGGCUGCUGCAGUCGAUCUUCACUGCGCUAGCUGCUGACGACCUGCUGGAGGACCAGGCCAUGACCAUGUUUGACUGCCUCGCGUUCCUGAUCCAGGGGCACCCUACGAACCAGGAGAAGCUCAAGGAGCCUCGCGACAUCGUGCAUGGCUGGAAGUGCGAAGGGAUGGAUGCUGUCAUGGGGGCCAUGCGGAGGAUGCCAGGGCGAGCUGAUGUCCAGCUGAAAGGCCUCAAGCUGUGCACUCUGGGGGCUCAAAAGUGUGAGCCUAUCAAGGCAGCGAUAGUGGACCGAGGAGGGCUCGAGAUGCUCAAGGGUGCCCUGCAGGACCUGAGCGAGUCGGCAGCGCUCAUGGCUGAGGUCGGCAGCUGCAUCCAUGCGCUCGCAACUGCCGACGACCUCACGUCAAUUGCCUCCAAGGCUUUCGACACUGCCCGAGAUGUUUACAAGCAGGAGAUGCUCCCCCUCAUCUACCAGGCGUUCCGUAAGCAUCGGGAGGACGUGGAGGUCGUGCAGGAGCUCGUGUAUGCUCUGAAGGCCGUCUCCAUCCAGGAAGACAUCGUCAAGAGCGUGCUUGAAGAGGGAGGGGUCGAACUCAUCAAGGACGGCAUGAGGCAGCACAUGCAGCAUGCUAACUUGGUGUCAAGGUGCUUGCUCUUCUUCGCGAAUCUUGCGGAGAAUGACAAGGCCAAGACUGAGCUGUGCCAGGGAGACGCUCUGCCCCUCAUGAUCGAGGCUCUGCAUCUCCAUGCGAGGAACGCCUUCGCCGUACGCUGCGGGUUUGCUGCAUUCGCCUCCAUGGCCCUGAGGAUGCCGGAGAACACGGAGAGGAUCAUCGAGCAUGGCGGGGACAAGCUCCUUCUAGAGGGUAUGCGGACUCAUCCCAAGUUUCCCGAGGUCAACCGAUAUGCCAUGAUCGCCAUCAGGAACAUCGUCGUGCGACGACCAGAGUUCGUCCCUCUCUUCCUUGAGGAGGGGGCAGAGGAGCUCAUCAGACGCGCUCGCGACACCCAUCUCAAGUGCGCAGAUGCUGCUUUCGACUGCCUACGUGACUUGGGUUGUGAGUAUGGCGGGCUGGGAGACAAGGCAGGGAAAGGAGCAUACUCGCCCUACAUGCAUUGUGAAUCUUCCUUAGACAAGAGAAACCAAGUUGGCCGAGGGAGCGCGAUGGUCAGCUGGGGGGAGGAGGAGGAGGAGGAGGAGGCAUGA